GACCCAAGUCGGGAAGCGGGCUGCUGAGUCUCGCCGGCUCCCGUGCCUGUAACUGUCCCAGCCGGACAACCCCCCCUGACCUAACCGUCCUUCAGUGACUCUCCAGACCUAUUUUCUCAGGAGCUCUCAGCCUGGCCCUACUUCAGUGAUUAAAGGAGGAAAGGCUGGUUACAGAAAACAUCAUUCAAGAUGUCCAGCAAAGGGAGCAGCACAGAUGGUAGAACAGACUUAGCUAAUGGAAGCCUGUCUAGCAGUCCAGAGGAGAUGUCUGGAGCAGAAGAGGGGAGGGAGACAUCCUCAGGCAUUGAAGUGGAGGCCUCAGACGUGAGUUUGAGUUUGACUGGAGAUGACGGUGGCCCCAACCGUACCAGCACAGAAAGUCGAGGCACAGACACAGAGAGCUCAGGUGAAGAAAAGGACUCUGACAGCAUGGAGGACACUGGUCAUUACUCCAUCAAUGAUGAAAGCCGAGUUCAUGACCGCUCCGAGGAAGAGGAAGAAGAGGAAGAAGAAGAACACCCUCGGCGCCGUGUACAGCGGAAGCGGGCCAGUCGUGACCAGGACUCAUCAGAUGAUGAGCGGGCCCUAGAGGACUGGGUGUCCUCAGAGACAACAGCCCUGCCGCGACCUCGCUGGCAAGCCCUUCCUGCCCUUCGGGAACGGGCACUGGGUUCAAGCGCCCGCUUUGUGUAUGAGGCCUGUGGAGCAAGAGUCUUUGUACAGCGUUUCCGCUUGCAGCAUGGGCUUGAGGGCCAUACCGGUUGUGUCAACACUCUGCACUUUAACCAGCGCGGCACCUGGCUGGCCAGUGGCAGCGAUGACCUGAAGGUGGUGGUGUGGGAUUGGGUGCGGCGGCAGCCAGUACUUGACUUUGAGAGUGGUCACAAAAGUAAUGUCUUCCAGGCCAAGUUUCUUCCCAACAGUGGAGAUUCCACCCUGGCCAUGUGUGCCCGGGACGGACAGGUUCGAGUAGCAGAACUGUCUGCCACACAGUGCUGCAAGAAUACAAAGCGUGUGGCGCAGCACAAAGGAGCAUCCCACAAGUUGGCCCUGGAACCAGACUCUCCCUGCACGUUCCUGUCUGCAGGUGAAGAUGCAGUUGUCUUCACCAUUGAUCUGAGACAAGAUCGGCCAGCUUCGAAACUGGUGGUGACAAAAGAAAAAGAGAAGAAAGUGGGACUAUAUACAAUCUAUGUGAAUCCCGCUAAUACCCAUCAGUUUGCAGUGGGUGGACGAGAUCAGUUUGUAAGAAUUUAUGACCAGAGGAAAAUUGAUGAGAAUGAAAACAAUGGAGUCCUCAAGAAAUUCUGUCCUCAUCACUUGGUGAACAGUGAGUCCAAAGCAAACAUCACCUGUCUUGUGUACAGCCACGACGGCACAGAGCUCCUGGCCAGUUAUAAUGAUGAAGACAUUUACCUCUUCAACUCCUCUCACAGUGAUGGGGCCCAGUAUGUUAAGAGAUACAAGGGCCACAGAAAUAAUGCCACAGUAAAAGGUGUCAAUUUCUAUGGUCCCAAGAGUGAGUUUGUGGUGAGCGGUAGUGACUGCGGGCACAUCUUCCUCUGGGAGAAAUCAUCCUGCCAGAUCAUUCAGUUCAUGGAGGGAGACAAGGGAGGUGUGGUAAACUGUCUUGAGCCCCACCCUCACCUGCCUGUGCUGGCAACCAGUGGCCUAGACCACGAUGUGAAGAUCUGGGCACCCACCGCUGAGGCUUCCACUGAGCUGACAGGGUUAAAGGAUGUGAUUAAGAAGAACAAGCGAGAGCGUGAUGAAGAUAGUUUGCACCACACUGACCUGUUCGAUAGCCAUAUGCUCUGGUUCCUUAUGCAUCACCUGAGACAGAGACGCCAUCACCGGCGCUGGAGAGAACCUGGGGUUGGGGCCACAGACGCGGACUCUGAUGAGUCUCCCAGCUCCUCAGACACUUCGGACGAGGAGGAAGGCCCGGACCGGGUCCAGUGCAUGCCAUCCUGAGGCCUCACACCUAGGAGGGCCGGGCUGGGGCUGCCAACCCAAUCCUGCCUGGGCACCCCUUUCCUGUCCUGGGCCCUUGCAUUCAACAGAAACGCACUUUGGACCUUUUGUUUAGAUAAAAGAAAGACAUCCCAGGAGGACAGACCAGAGAGAAAUGAACCAACAAAGAUCACCUAGGAGUGGGAGUUGAGCCCUGCCAUGGGGUUUUGUGGCGAGAUGCAAAGGACUCAGCAGAAAUUGCCUCUCCCUGAAGCCUUUUUUCUGGAGGAGAGAAAGCCUAUUUUAUUAACUGGUUUAGGAUAGGGAAUGGGGCUUUUUUUUUCUUAUAAUCUCCCGUGUUUCUUUUGCAGGGGUUGUGGGGGGAACAACUGGUUGUUCAGUACCAAGGGGCCAGAGUGGAGAAUAGGAGUGUCACUCUCUCUUUGGUUUAGGUUUUUGACUAUUUUUUUUUUUAAAGUCUGUGAUAGUUUCAUUGGUUUCCCCCGCCACGCACCAGCAACCCCAUCCCAGGUUCCUGUUUUUCUGAGAAGUCCUUAGAGCCCCUAACCGUCCCGCACUCUUCACUGUCCUCUGCACUUCAUUUUCUGUACUUACCACAGUGUUUUGCACUUGACUAUGUAUCCUUCACUCUUUUCUCAUCAUCCCAUCAGCCCCUAAAUAGGGCUGGUGAGGGAGAUUGAGGAGGUGGAAGGAGGGGCAGGGGUAGAGGAAGAAUAGGAAGGAUGUUACCUCUUACGUUAUUUUUCUAAAAAAUUAUUUGGUGGCAGCAAUCUCCCUGUCCCUAUCACUGUUAAGAGGCCUAAUUUUAUAUCUAUAAAUAUAUUAAAAAGCAAGUCAAACUUGGAUGUUCAAGUUAAAAUUAUUGUCAAAGUUUAAAUACCUAUAUAUUCUCUAUGAAUGCAAUAAAGGGACUUAAGGAAGAAUGAGCGAGAGUACUGAUACAGAAGUCACACCGGGGGCCAUCUUCCCCUUUACAAGUGGCCAGUAAAGUGUGGGGCUUACACUUCGGUAUUGGAAGGCUCAAGAAUGGAAGAACCCUCACUUCUGCCCUUCACUGUCUCAGUGGAGGAGUUGGGAAAAACAAUUCAACUGUCUCAGAUCUCCUACCUCUCCUUCAGUCUUACGGGAAGCUCCCAGGAUGGCUGUUGUAACCAGAGGCUGGCCUGUCUAUAAAGCACUUCAGGAAGGACACUGCCAUGGCAGACUCUCCUGGUACUGUGUGUGAUAGAAGGUACACACUUUCUUUGACCUUUAGCUGCUUGAUUUUUUUUAAAAAGCCAUCCCGUUCUACGUACUAGCACCCUUCCUAAUGAAAGACUGAAAGGAAGAACUUCCUGGGUUUGUCUUUAUGCUUGUCAACCUCUUGAGAUCCUGGGAUUGUGGACAUGUCAAUAAUUUAAGGAUUGAUUCUGGUGGCUGGGGCUUGAACAGCUGUUUUUAUUACUGGUCAGUGAGUUUGAAAGUCCCAGUUGAAUUCUUGCUCUUAAAUGCUCUUGCUGCUAUUUCUUUGCCCCCAUCUUAUACAAGAUCCAGUCAGGAAUUUAGCAUCCUGGGAAAGUUGGAUUCUACAAACCCAGGCCAAGAAGGAGGAGGGGGAAAGAGUGAGAAGAUGGUAUUCCCAGAUACUCCUUCCUCCCGCCCCUUUUCCUAGCAGCUCUCAGACCAGAAGUUAGUUACUGCACUUCCUUCCUGAGGUAGGGAACGUGUAGUGAUUACGUGGUCUGUGUCCCUAUGACUAGUAGGGUGAUGAAGUAAGCUGAAAACCAUGCACUCUGGAAUUUGUUGUAUUUUCUCAGUAAAGCUUUCCCCUACCGACUGCU